AUCACAGAAUUAUUCAGUGAACAUUUUUGUUUCUCACUAACUAACGAAAAACCAUUUAAUGAUUCAGAACCAAUCCCAGUAACUCCCUGUGAAAUUACUAAUGUAGAAUUCAGUGUACAAAAUAUCUCCAAAGCAAUCAGUACAUUGAAACACUCCUACACUGAUGAACCAGAUGGUAUUCCAUCUAGCAUGCUAAAACGUGGAGGUGAUGAUAUGUGUGUUUUGCUUCUCAAACUAUUCGCGAUAUCACUCUCUUCAGCGUGUUACCCUACUGCCUGGAAAACUACACAUAUCAUUCCCAAAAUUAAAACAGGACCUGAAGCAAACGUUGAAAAUUACCGGCCUAUAAACAUAACUUCAGUGGUAUCCAGAGUGAUGGAAAAAGUAGUUAAGGCGGCUGUAGUCCAACAUCUAUUAACUAACAAUCUCUUGUCGACCUCCCAGCAUGGAUUUCUUAGGUCCAGAUCAUGCGAUACAUGCCUAGUAGACUACCUGAAUGAUAUAACUCUGAAACGAGACAGCGGACUCCUUGUAUCAGUCCUAUUCCUAGACUUUAAGAAAGCCUUUGAUAAGGUCCCACACAAAAGGCUACUCGUCAAACUAAAGUCCUUCGGAAUACACAACCCACUGUACUCAUGGUUUGCUUCGUUCUUAACAGAACGUAAACAGAUGGUAAAGUACAAUGACUGUCUCUCGUCCCCUAGACCAAUCACCAGUGGAGUCAUCCAGGGAAGCGUAUUAGGGCCACUUUUGUUUCUUAUGUAUAUAAACGAUAUAUGUAACACCAUAGAAUUUGGGAAACCGUACUUAUAUGCUGAUGAUCUCAAAAUAGUAUACAGCUAUAAGCCUGAGACACUAAGCGAAAGUGUAUCCCAGAUCCAAAAGGACCUCAAUAACUUAACUAUAUGGAGUGAAAAAUGGCAAUUACCAUUUAACCUCAACAAGUGCGGGAUCAUGCACUUUGGAAAGCAUCCCUAUAAACCGCGACUUCACUUAAAUGAAUGUAUAGUCCAAACACUCGAAUCAGUACACGAUUUAGGAAUUAAUUACACAGGAAGCCUAAACUUUGAAGAACAUGCCUCCUCUAUUAUUUCUAAAUCUAGACGGCUAAUUGGUUUUAUAAUGAAAAACUUUUUCACAACAGAGGGUAAACUUACUCUCUACAAAAUAUGUGUACGACCCACCCUUGAAUACUGCUCUUUUGUCUUCUCUAAUAUGAAUAUCGCAGACAAGAUAAGAGUAGAAGAUGUUCAAAGACGUUUCACACGUCAACUACUAGGAUGUAACUCGAAUCUCGAUUACACAGACAGAUGUAAGCAUCUAUCUUUAGAACCUUUAUGGCACCGUAGGCUAAAACACAAUUUAAUAUUUCUCUACAAAGCGAUAUAUGGGCUCUCCUUUCUAACCUCCUGCCCGACUAUCACCCACGACCCAGCCUAUAGACUUAGAAACAACGCAUAUACACUACUUACCGUAAAACACCAAAAACAAAUGCGUUGUAAGUUCUUUACAGUACGGUACAGUUUAUUGUGGAACAGGCUGCCAAUGCCUAUCCGUAACUGUGAUACGUUUACCAGAUUCAAAAAGCUAAUAACCCUAUAUCUAGACUCCAAAGAGCUUCAACAUUACCUUGAACUCCCGCCCACCGAUGAGGCACUUUAUUACGGACCGCCUAGUAUCUAGAAAGAACAAAAUUAUAACAAGUUCGACUGUUACUAAUUUGAAUAUAACCAAAUCACAGGAUAUAUGGCUUAUCCUUUCCUAUUAUUCAUUGUUUAUUAAUCAUGAUUUCAUGCUCCUAACCCUAGCUUUCAGUCCCCAAAUCUCUACAGGUUAAAUGUACAUUAUUCUCCCUAAAAGUCAUGCUUUUUUUUCUACUGCAAGUAGACAGAUAGCUCAAUCUUAUGGAUGCUGAUCUACUAAGGCCGAUCAUUCAAAGCUCAAAAUUUGGCCACAAAGUCUUGUGAGUUUCUCAAUGUUUUAUUUUUCUCACCCUAAAGUCUGUUUCUUUUUUUUCUACAAUUUUAUACCCUCUCAUAUCUUUUGAUUUACUAUUAAUCCUUACUUCUUUAAACCAUUAGUUAUUUUCAUAGCAGUGUGAUAUACUAUAUGGACAUCUAACCCAUAAAACAGAAUUUUUAAAUAUCUGAUUUGCUUGUAACAUGGAUCUAGUAGAGACAGUGUAUUCCAACUAUGUGCUUUGAUUAAAGCAUUAAUCAUACUUACCACAAAUGUAAGAGAGCCUAACAUCACAAAAGGAGGGAGGGUGGCGUUACUGACCAGCAAACAUGAAGGUGGGGAGAUAACUUCAAUCCACCCAUGUCUGUAGGGCAGAACAUUUUGUUUAAUUACGGCUCCUUAUGGUUUAGUGGGAUGUCACGGACUUAAGGUAUUGAAGCUGAUUUAUCACGCAAAAUACCUCUUUAAAUCGUGUUACGAACGUUGAAUUGGUUUCACUUCCUACUCAGAAAUCCUAUUACAAGCAAACUAGACAAUUCGCUAAUAUACGAAGCCUACUCAAGACCCUAUAAACCUG